AUGCAAGACUUGGUUCGCAUCCUAGCUUACGCGUAUGAUGUGCACUGUCAUCAAGUAAAUAUCUCAGAACGGCAUCCUGCAGCCGUGGCUCGCCGCCGGCGAAAAGAAGGCCGUCAACGACGUCAACGCACUACUUUUAGCACAGAACAGACGUUGCGUCUAGAGGUGGAAUUUCAUCGGAACGAAUACAUUUCGAGAAAUCGUCGUUUUGAAUUAGCUGAAACAUUGCGCCUUACCGAAACGCAGAUAAAGAUUUGGUUUCAAAAUCGUCGUGCGAAGGAUAAACGCAUCGAGAAGGCACAAAUCGAUCAGCAAUAUCGAAACUUUGUCGUGGCCAAUGGUUUUAUGACCACAAUCAUGGGACACACAGCGGCGAGCUAUCCACCCCCCAUGCCAAUGAUAACGAAUCUUCACCAGAAUUUUUACCAACAGCACAGCCAUAGUAAUAGUGGCGUUUUACAACCACCAACAACAACAACAACAACAUGCACGCUGCCUGUACCGCCACCACCAACGUUGCAACAAACAACGCAACAGCAAACGCUGCGAAACUCGAUAACACCGCAUACACUUACACCUUCCAGCAACAACAUAGUCGGUGCUACACCCCCAACAUUUAACGCCAACUUUAACACACAAACAACAACACAUACGGAGCUACAGCCACUGCUGGCCACAAAUCAUCACUACGGCAAUUUGAAUGAGCGGAGUUAUUACAAGCAAGCAAACGGAAGCGCUGGUGGCGGUGGCUUAAGUUCACUCAUCGAUUCGUGUUAGCCAAUUUCGAGAAUUAAUUUGCGGUUGCUUAUUUUGAAUUGUAAUUUUUUGCAAAGUAAAUAUGUAUUUUUAAGAUUUCUACGGAAUAUACAUAUGUAAG